CUGACGGCUCCCGUGGCUCCGGGGCUCCGCCGAUCCCGCUCGCCAGGUUCCAGGUCCAGACAUGUGCUGACCAGAAGACUCUUUUUUGUAUCCCGUGGAGUAGAUUGUGCCUUAUAAAGAUGGGGUUUGGAAACGACCUGAAGAAUUCACAUGAUGCUCUGUUAAAAUUGCAAGAUUGGGAGUUACGGCUACUGGAAACAGUAAAAAAAUUUAUGACUUUGCGGAUAAAAAGCGACAAAGAAUAUGCUUGUACUUUACAAAACCUCUGCAGUCAAGUUGAUAAGGAAAGUACUAUCCAAAUGGAUUACGUUAGCAAUGUAUCCAAGUCUUGGUCACUCAUGAUCCAGCAGACAGAACAACUUAGCAGAAUAAUGAAGACACAUGCAGAGGACCUUAACUCUGGACCACUACAUAGGCUUACCAUGAUGAUCAAAGACAAGCAACAAGUUAAGAAGAGCUAUGUAGGUGUUCAUCAGCAAAUUGAAGCAGAGAUGUUCAAGGUCACAAAGACGGAAUUGGAGAAAUUAAAAUCGAGCUACCGUCAACUAAUAAAAGAAGUGAAUUCUGCUAAAGAGAAAUACAGAGAAGCUUUGGCUAAAGGGAAGGAAGCAGAAAAAGCGAAAGAUCGUUAUGACAAAGUUACAAUGAAACUUCACAUAUUGCACAAUCAGUAUGUGUUGGCUUUGAAAGGUGCACAGCUUCAUCAGCAUCAGUAUUAUGACACUACUCUUCCUCUGCUCCUGAACUCACUGCAAAGAAUGCAAGAAGAAAUGAUAAAAGCACUAAAAGGGAUAUUUCAUGAAUACAGUCAAAUUACCAGUCUUGUUACAGAGGAGAUUGUAAAUGUCCAUAAAGAGAUCCAGACUUCAGUUGAACAAAUAGAUCCUAGUACAGAAUAUGAUAAUUUCAUAGAGACUCACAGAGCACCAGCUGUUAAACAAGAAAUUGAAUUUGAUACUUCCUUACUGGAAGAAAAUGAAAAUCUUCAAGCUAACGAGAUCAUGUGGAAUAAUUUAACUGCAGAAAGUUUGCAAGCUAUGUUAAAAACAGUAGCGGAAGAACUAAUUCAAACACAGCAGACCCUUUUAAACAAGGAAGAAAUCUUGCUUGAACUGGAGAAAAGGAUUGAAGAUUCUUCGAAGACCUGUGAAAAGAAAUCUGAUAUUGUGCUCUUGCUGAACCAAAAACAGACACUGGAAGAAUUGAAACAAUCAAUCCAGCAGUUGAAAUGUACUGAAGCUAAAUUUGCAGCCCAGAAAGAACUCCUAGAACAAAAAGUGCAAGAGAAUGAUGGGAAAGAGCCACCGCCUGUUGUAAAUUAUGAAGAAGAUGCCAGAUCUGUCACAUCUAUGGCUACAGCUCAGGAUGAACUUUGUAGACACUGUGCACAGAAAGAGUGUGCCGAGGCUGGCUGUGUCCCUUCUACUUCCAAGGCAGCGAGAGAACAGGAAAGGAAAGAGAAGGUAUCCAAAUUUGAUACCCUUCGUCAUUCGAUUGCAGGCAUGAUACGGUCUCCCAAAUCUAUGUUGGGCUCUUCAUCGUUCUUUGAAGUAAUACCUACAAGUGAGAAACCUUUGCCAGAGCAAGACUGGUAUCAUGGUGCAAUUCCCAGAAUAGAGGCCCAAGAACUGUUAAAGCAGCAAGGAGACUUCUUGGUGCGAGAGAGCCACGGGAAACCUGGUGAAUAUGUCCUUUCUGUGUUUUCGGAUGGACAACGGAGACACUUUAUUAUACAGUUUGCUGAUAAUCAAUAUCGAUUUGAAGGAACUGGGUUUUCAAAUAUUCCUCAACUCAUAGACCAUCAUUACACAACAAAACAAGUCAUUACUAAGAAAUCAGGUGUCGUUCUGCUGAAUCCUGUUGUUAAGGCAAUCUGGAAGGGAUGCCCAAUUGAUGAGCUGACUAGACCACAUUAUUUCAGAGAGCAAAGGUUACAGGACAAGAAAUGGAUUCUCAAUCAUGAAGAUGUCACACUGGGAGAAUUGUUGGGCAAGGGUAACUUCGGCGAGGUGUAUAAGGGAACAUUAAAGGAUAAAACUCCCGUUGCCGUGAAAACUUGUAAAGAAGAUCUUCCUCAGGAACUGAAAAUAAAAUUUUUAUCAGAGGCCAGAAUACUCAAACAAUAUGACCACCCCAAUAUUGUCAAGCUUAUAGGAGUAUGCACACAAAGGCAGCCUAUUUACAUCAUUAUGGAACUUAUUCCAGGCGGUGAUUUCCUCUCCUUUUUGAGAAAGAAGAAAGAAGAACUAAAACCCAAGCAGUUAGUGAAAUUUGCAUUAGACGCUGCAGCUGGAAUGGCAUAUCUGGAAUCUAAAAACUGCAUACACAGGGACCUCGCUGCAAGAAACUGCCUAGUGGGUGAAAAUAACAUCCUGAAAAUCAGUGACUUUGGAAUGUCUCGUCAAGAGGAUGAUGGAGUCUAUUCUUCUUCUGGCUUAAAACAGAUUCCCAUUAAAUGGACUGCUCCGGAGGCUCUCAACUAUGGAAGAUACACUUCUGAAAGUGAUGCCUGGAGCUUUGGGAUCCUUCUCUGGGAGACCUUCAGUUUAGGUGUCUGCCCAUACCCCGGAAUGACCAAUCAACAAGCACGAGAGCAAGUUGAGAAAGGAUACCGAAUGUCAGCCCCUCAGAAGUGUCCGGAAGACAUUUAUAAGAUAAUGCUCAGAUGUUGGGACUACAAACCUGAAAAUCGCCCCAAAUUCAGUGAAAUUUUUAAGGAGCUAAAUUCCAUCAAGAAGAAAGUGACAUAAUGACAUAGUGAAACAGUUAUGCCAGGCUCAAUCCACUGAACUCUGUUUCCCAACAAAGCAAUCCUUUCCCUCAUAAACACCAUGAGCUAUAUACCCAUUAUCUGUAAUUUUCUUCUAGGGUUACUUUAUAAAUUCAACUGUUUUUUGUUUUAUCGAUGCCAUUUUGAAAAAUGCUCAAUGCAUGCAUUUAAAACAACAACAAAAAACAAACCAAAAAAGUGGGUUUUGCCAAGUGCUGUAUCCAGUCACAGUAAUCUUGCCAUUUAAGAUCAAUGUAAAUAGAAAAGUGCACAGGCUAUAGAUGUAGGAGACCAUGGAUUCUAUCUGUAACAGUUUAUUAACUACUCUGGAUAUUUCUCAAAUGUUUUCUGCCUUAUACUCCAUUCAGCAACUGCUGCCUUAAGGUAUAAAUACCUGUUCCAUUGGUGCUAGAAAUCUGCUGGCAGUGCCACGUUUGCAUUGGCACAUGACUUUACCAUAAAAGCCCCUUGAACGUUAAUGAGACAAUGUUAUUCUUUCCAAAUUCUUUCCCAACCUCGUAAUUUUUAUAACCAGCAUCAUUUCAAACUUGGAAUUUGCUGAGUUGUAUACUGCAAUUUUGUGUUUGAUAUAACUUUUUUUUCCUGUUUUUUGACCCAAAAUACUAAGCACAGCAUAUUUGAAUCAAUAUGCACAAAUGUUUUAUGGCUGGGUGAGGGUCUCAGUACUCAAACCUGCAGUUUUCUUUGAAAAAGAAAUUUUGGAAAAACAUCUCUCCUUAAGGACAUGGUCUCAAGCAGUGGCCACUCCAUUAAAAUGUGUAGCUAAAGAAAUGUUGUCCACAGGAAAUGUGUCUGAAAUGGAAAACUUCAAGCCAGCUCUGGCAUGAUGACAGAUGAGCAAAAAGUAAAUGGUCAAAAUUGACUUUCUCAGACAGGCUGGCUGAUAUAUCCUGAACUUUAUUUGUACUAGGUCCUUCUUUAGAGCACGUAAUCAGUACUGAAGUUACAGAAGUUAUGAAUAUUUGGUAGAUCCUACAGGGAAAAGGUUUUCAUGGGUAUAAGGGAUUUCCAAAGAAAUCAAAACAUACAUUGACAUGUGUAACAAUUACCUCUGUUAAUUCUCUUCAGUUAUGAAGAAGGCAUGGCCAACUUUGCUUAUGCCCCAGUUUUUCGUAUAACUGCUUGACUGUUAGGACUCCAAAAUUGGGAAUUCCAGCUAAUGGGUGCCCAAGAAAGAAAUCAUGUCCAUAACCAGUGAGAGGUGAUCAAAAGGCAAAAUAGCAUUACAGUGGAGAAAAGCAUAGCAGCAGCUUGGUGCCGGGAUUAAUUUCUGAUGCAUUCCUCUCAGUGACCACUAGUCAGUUUGCUAACUAGGAAUUCUUACCUUUAGCAGUCAGUUAUCAGGUGACAGUGAAUAUGUUCAGUGUGUGUAUGAAUGUGAAGCAGAAGAAAGAACGAAUGGGGCUCGUUAAAGCAUUUACCAGUGUCAGAUAUCAUGAUCAGUUUUCACUUGACGAUACCUUUUUUUCCUCCUCUCUAGAGUGUACCUGUGCCGGGGAUAGUCAUGCCCAGGGGAAUGGUAAUUACUUCUAAUCAUGGAUGGGCAUUGAAUAUUUCCACAUCUUAGAUUUUUGUUAUUGAGAGCAUUUCUAAGGUCCUUGGUAUUUUUGUAUUGCUUCAAUUUAAAAAGGGUUUCAAAUCCAUCUGCCUUCUCUUCUGGGUUGGUACCUGUAGUGAGGUCAUCAUUGCCCAGGAACCAAACCCAGCAUUUAAAAGAAGAAGAACAAGGAAAAAAAAGGUAAGGCUGAGGAAAAGGGAAAGGAAAAUAGCCUAUAUUCAUCAUUACAAUCUCCUUGUUUUUAAAAAAAAAAAACUCAGAUGGUUUUAAGGUUCAUUACAUUGAAACCAAAAUGAGUACAUAAUAAUCUUGCCCUCAAAGAUUUGUCUCCAUUCGUGA